AUGAUUUCAUCAUCGUCUGAAGAACCAUCAAGCAGCAGUUCCCACACGAGUACCAACACCGUGCUGGACAAGGAAUUAGAUGCAAAACCAUUCAUUUCCGAAGCUCACGGAGAUUCUUUGCAAUUACAUCAAUUUGAAACACAAUUUGUAACCAAUGUGUACAAUGAAAUUGCACCACAUUUCUCUAAUACUAGAUAUUCAAGAUGGCCGUUUAUUAAUGAAUUUAUUUUGGGGAAAAAGAAUUGUUUAUUUGCCGAUGUCGGAUGUGGAAAUGGAAAAUACAUGCAAUCAUGGAAAGAGACUAUUCAAUAUUAUAAUGGUCAUUCACUCAGUAAAACAUCUACCAGUAAUUGUUUCAUUGGAACUGACAUUAGUUUGGGAUUGGCAGAAAUUUGUAGAGAUCGUGAUUUAGAAGUUCUAGUCGCCAAUAACACACAAUUACCAUUUCGAGGAGAAUAUUUUGAUGUAGUGAUUAGUGUCGCUGUGAUUCAUCAUUUUGCAACUCCAGAGCGAAGAAUGCAAGCUAUUCGAGAAUUAUUUCGAAUUUGUAGGAAAGGUGGAGAUGUGUUGAUAUAUGUUUGGGCAUUUGAACAACAGUCACCUAAAAAAAAGUCCAGUGCAACGACUGCUACUACUAGUUCUGAAGAGUCAUCAUCCUAUCGAUAUGCACAACAAGAUGUGUUUGUUCCAUGGCAUUUACAGAAACAAUUUGAUUCGACCACAAAGAAAGAAUCUCAUACAGAACAGCAACCACAAACCUCCUCCAGCACGAAUAUUGUACCAAAUGUGACACAAGGUAGUGAAGGUGAGAAAGUCUACAAGCGAUAUUAUCAUUUAUUCAAAAAGGGAGAAUUGGAACAACUCGUUCAAGAUGCUUCUGUUAUGGUUGAUGAGAAUUCUGGAGAGCAACGUACUGUAUUCGAGUUUGAAUUUGUGAAAAACUUGUAUUUUGAAAAGGAUAAUUGGGGAGUUGUUUGUAGAAAGAAAUAA